AUGAUAGAGCGGGAAAGACAGCAUUUGGCAAGUAUGUAUGGCUUUCAUCCUUGGUCUGCUAUCUGUGACCCUGGAAUGCCUUGGUCCUGCCAUCCCGUGCAACAUUCGGAAGAGUUCCCUACGCAGGAUUACGAGAGGAGAGGUAUAGAACGACCACCAGAGCUAACAAUUACUACAUCUACAGAGAGCGAGAACAGUCACGACGAACUUAAUGAAGGUAAAUAAGGCACGAGUACUGUACUCGCUGGGCACUAAUGUGAAUACACUCUUUUUACAGCACACUUACUCUGGAAUUCGGGUGCGGUGCCGCGGUGCUUGAUCGAGUACAAAGCCGAGACCUUUGCACAAAAGUGUGCACCAGGUCCCUGUAUGCACAUGGUUUUUGUUAGUUCUGGGACAGUCCACUGCUUUUAACUCGCUCUAAGCUCAUGUUUAAAAAUGGCUUCUGACAAGGCGAAACGGAGUAACUAUGUAUACAGUCGGGUACUCAAGGUGUGCCCUAGUUUCCGGGCACAAAGUUUGGACAGUCCCCUAAGCUUUGCGUGGCAUGUUUUCAUGUAGACUACUGGCAGUCCCUUUUCAGCCAGUCGAGCAAGCUGAAAGGCGGGUCAGAGUUACUAGAACCCUAUGUCACAUUUUAAGUAAGUUCUAUAGUUAGAUACGGUGAUAUAAGGUGUAGGGUAUAAACCCUUUUCACUUCACAGAGUGAAAAAAACGAUAUUGUAUAAAAUUCGAAAGUACUUCCGAAGACGUUUCAUGAGACAGAGACAGAUCCUCUGAAGUCAUUAAUCCCAUACAUCACGUUUCUUAUCUUAAAUACAAUUUCUUCUCCCAAGAAACAAAUUCUUCAUCUAAGUUGACCUUCCUUUCACAACUGACACUCAACUGUAGCUGAGAGUUGUUUGCGCUUUCUUUUCCAGUGAGGCUUAAAGAGGAAAUUGAUGAAGUACACCCCCUUAGGCAGUGUACGACUAAAAAAGACGCAACAACAAGAGAAGAGGAAGAUAACCUACUUCUGACGAGUGAUAACGAGAGGGAGGAGCUAAGAGAAGAAACAAACAAUUUUGAAGUCAAUAUACACGAAAGUGACGUAAGUCACAGCAACAACAAAACCACCGGCACCGACAAGAAACCUUUCAAUAGCAUUUCCGAAAAUACUGGGUAUAACAGUGGAAGCGAAAGUGGCAAGGAUGAAAACGAUUCCCAAGGAAACCAGAAAAGAAAGAUCCGACGAAACAGAACAACUUUUUCUCCGGAGCAACUGGAGAUGCUGGAAAAAGAAUUUGGGAAAUCUCAUUACCCGGAUGUAGCCACGAGAGAGGAGCUUGCCAACAAAAUUGAUAUGUCUGAAGCUCGAGUACAGGUAGGAAAAAAAAACAUACAUUACAUAUUGAAUUUUAAACGCCUAGGUGUUCCCCCCUUACCACUUGCGCACGUAUUAAGGAUUUCUUCGGUUCGUUCCAUUUCUCACGACGUUUAAGCCAUUUUAGACUAGACUGCGCGUGCACUCUCCUUUUCUUCAGAUUUAGUGAGGAAAGUGCACGCCCGCAAGAACGUCGUUGAGCGGUGAAACCGCGAGACGCGUGCUCAUUUUCGUCUCUCGCGCGUUUCGCUCGACAGGCUGAGAAAAAAGAAAGACUGCUCAUAGUCUAUUUAAGACUAUCAUAAACUCGCUAUUUUUUCUGCUCACAUCUCUUUGCACCAUCCUCACGAUCUGAAUGCCUGGCACAGGAUACUUAGGCCCUGUUCAUAGGGAAGAAAGUUACCCGGGAGAGAGGAUCACCCUCCCAGUCGAGUUAACUUUCGCGAGCGGUUAUAUGAGUAAAAAGUUGACCCAUUUCCCCGAGCCAAGAUAUGACAAUAGCGCUUGCGCACGCUCUGGUUGUCUCACCUUGAUCGAGUUGACCUGGCUGGGAGAGCCGAAGUGUUUAUAUGGAUAAAUUAUUAUACGUUUCUGGGAAACUACCCAUGUAACCCUCCCCUGGGCCAACAUUAACCCUUACUUCUCACAAAAUGUUAGCUUAGGGGAGGGGUAGGUGGGCAGUUUCCCAGAAACGUGCGAUUAUCCGGCCCAGCUAGGAGGGUGACCCUGCCACUGAAAAGGAGUGACCCUUUUAGCCGACCAAACUUUUCGUUUCUCAGUAAACAGUUCGCCAAGUUUUUUUUAAGGAAAUGUAUGAAAUGUUGGUACGCCCAGGGUAGCCCGGGUAGGACCCUACUGCCCGAGACAAGUUUUCUCCAUAUAAACCGGGCCUAAGUGCCAAAUAUACAGUACAGAGUCAGUCUUACGAUUGUGUGCACCUUACACUGAAAAAGAAGCGGCAUGAACCAACUCUACUUCUUUAUUUGUCUUUUAGAAGUGCCAGUUAAGACAGAGUUCUUUGUAUAAAACCAAAUGGCUAAAUUGCUGAAUGCGUCUGCCACACCCAAUUACUCCUCACCUCUUUCCAGUCUGCCCACAUUAUACACACUUUUAUAGAAAAUGCAGCUUGACUUGUGA